CUGCUGGCUGGUAGGCAAGCUGGCUGUGCGUAGCGUGCGCGUCGGGAAAAGCGUUGGACCUCCGUGUCCUGUAUUCGUAUUAUUCUCCUUGCACCCGUCUCCGUCAAAGGAGGUCACUCUGUAUCUGCUGUCCCUGCUUCACGCACUGUCUCUUUUGCACUCGCAGCGUCUGGCUGCUCGAGUUAUGUCCAGCGUUCGAUAGCCACAGGAAAAAGUCCCCAUCUCAUCCAAAAUGGCCGUCGCACGAUCUCUUCGCCGGACCAAUCCCAUCACUCUGGUUUUGGCCGGCCUGUUGACUAUCGGCUUCCUCAUCUUCAUCUUCUCCUCGACCGACGCUGUCCCGGCAUUGCAUGUUCCUGGUGCGCGACAACUGCUCAAGUCGAAAGAUGCCGCCUCCAAUGCCCUCUCCCCGCCGUCGCUCCCCUUCUUCAAGUCCAAUCUCAAGCCUGGCGAGAAGGCUCCCCCUCCGCCAGUUGUCCACUACCACAUGAACAAUGUCACAAAUACUGCCGAUCCUAUUGGCAACCGUGAAAGUGUUCUUAUUCUUACUCCGCUCGCCCGCUUCUACGAAGAGUACUGGACGAACUUGGUCGCCCUGACCUAUCCUCACGACCUGAUCAGCUUGGGUUUCAUCAUCCCCAAGGGACGUGAGGGCAAUUCAGCAACAGCUCAGCUCCAAGAACAAAUCGCCAGAACACAAUCGAGCAGCAAGAAAUUCGCAUCCAUCACAAUCCUUCGCCAGGAAGAUGAGCCUCCACUCACGUCGCAAGCAGAGCACGAUCGUCAUGCCAUGUCGGCCCAGAAGGAGCGCCGUGCUGCCAUGUCGCGCGCGAGAAACGCCUUGCUGUUCACAACUCUCGGUCCAACCACCUCCUGGGUCCUCUGGCUCGAUUCCGACAUUGUCGAGACACCUCACUCGUUGAUCCAAGAUUUGGCCGCUUUUGAUAAGCCCAUUAUUGUUCCCAACUGCUUUCAGCGUUUCUACGACAAGGAGAAGGGCGCCAUGGAUGUCAGACCCUAUGACUUCAACAGCUGGAUCGACAGCAACACUGCUCAGAAUCUGGCCUCGAAGAUGGGACCGGACGAGAUUCUGCUCGAGGGUUAUGCCGAAAUGGCAACAUACAGAAGUUUGAUGGCAUACAUGAGCCACCCCGGUGGUAACCCCAAAGACAUUGUCAACUUGGAUGGUGUAGGCGGGACAGCAUUGCUCGUCAAGGGCGAUGUUCACAGAGAUGGUGCCAUGUUCCCACCAUUCCCCUUCUACCACCUCAUCGAGACGGAAGGAUUUGCAAAGAUGGCCAAACGUCUAGGAUGGAGCAGUUGGGGUAUUCCCAACUACUUUGUUUACCAUUACAACGAGUAGAUUGCAUAAGUGUGGAACAUAUAUGGGAUACAGUCAAGAUUUCGGAGAGUGAAAUUCGCAUAUUCAAGGGCGCGGCGUUGAAGGCGCAUGCUUGCAGGCAGGAGGUGCUACAUACAAAUUUAGAAGGAACGACAUAUUCGAGUCGGACCAAAUGCAGAGACAUUUGCAAACGAUGUAAAAAGGUGCAAACAUGUGGUUCCACAGAUGGGUUGAUGGUUUCAGCUGAGAUGCUAAAGGGGGUCAGUCGAGUCCAGGUCUUUCGUUCGUGUCAUCAGGAGAGCUAGUCGGCCGUUGGGUCGAAAUUAGAAGCAAGGAGGCGGUGGCAGAGAGCAUGUUCAUUGCCAAGCAUCGGGAUUCUGAGGGUCUUUCGGAGCCGCUCAUCGACCCCCUGGGCCCUGGUUGACACGCUGUU